GGUUGAGCUCUUGAAGCAAGUACGACAUGUGCGUUUCGUGGUGACAUCCAAAAGUCUAUUCAAAUUUCAUCCCCAUGGCUAUCGACGGUCUGAUAAUCCUAGAUACGGCGGGACGUCCGAUCAUCCAGUCCAGCUACACAACCUAUCCGACAGCGUACCCCUUGCUGCACAUUGAAGCCUUAAACAAUGCGCUAGAAAAGGCUCCGCGUGAGGGUAGUGUCGACCCUGUCAUAUACGUUGGAGAACUAUCGUGCUCUAGUGCGUGCUGCCAUGUUGAGGUUGGGGGCAUGAGAUUCGUUGCAACCAUUAGUGGAGAUGUGGAUCCUCUCAUCGCAUUCGCAUUUCUCGACGCCUUCAUUGAGAUACUCCACGACUAUUUCGGCGUAGUCAGUGUAGCAACUCUCAAGGACAACUUUGACAUCGUAUACCAGCUUCUCGAGGAAACCCUCGACUCCUCUGGUCAUCCGCUGACAACCUCACCGAACGCAUUAAGCGAUAUAGUACUCCCACCUUCAUUGAUCUCCAAGCUUCUCGCCUCAGUAUCACCGGCUACUCCAGGGGUUCCAAGCGGGAGACAAGGGGGUUCUUUUGGGUCAAAUGUUGCCAGUGGAGCUUUCGCAUCACCGAUACCAUGGCGUAAAGCUGGGGUUCGGCAUAGUCAUAACGAGAUCCUUUUUGACGUCGUCGAAGAAAUGCGAGGCAUCGUUGGCAAGAAUGGAACGACGUUAGUGAGCAACGUUUUUGGUAAAAUUGAGAGCAAUGCGAAGCUUUCCGGGACUCCCGACCUGACAUUGACAUUCACGAAUCCAAAUGUGAUGACAGAUUGUGCUUUUCAUUCAUGUGUACGGUUACAGAAAUGGACCCGCGAUAAUGCCUUAUCUUUUAUACCUCCCGAGGGGCGGUUUGUCCUUGGAGACUAUCAGUAUAGACCGCCACAAGGCGCGCUCAUCAGCAACGUGCCCAUACCACUUUCCCUCAAAGCAAAUAUGGACAUGGGAGAGUUUGGCGGAAUAUUCGCACUCACCUUGACAUCGCGCUCGAUAAAAGUGAUGGAGAAUGUAGAACUGAAAUUAUAUCUCGGAGAAGAUGCAACAAGCGCGCAGUGUACACUAUCAAGUGCAGGUUCGGGCGUAGGAUCUGUGGGAAGCGCAGAUGGAUCAUGGGCAUUUGAUUCGAGAACGAAGACGCUCCGAUGGGAGAUACUCAAUAUGCGGUCUUCGGGGAGCUGGAUUCUUCGUGGUUCAUGGACGUCAAAAAUCAAGGCUCCGCGUCCAGCACAUGCGUUCCAAAUACGCUUCGAGAUACCUUCCUACAGUUUCUCUUCGCUCAAGGUUGAUCAGUUACGGCUCUCGAGCGAGACGUACAAAAUGUACAAGGGAGUUCGGAUGCGCAGCAAGGGAUCGAUCGAGUGGAGAUGGUAACCAACGUGGGGUCCUGCGUGCUCCCUGCAUUCCCAAGAGUUGCAGUGUCGCUUGAGAGCUCCGCGAAAGGUUCCUUUGUUUACAAGGAUGGGUUAUACUCGUCUGCAAACAGCGAAUCGUUUACACUCUUUCACUUCAUAUUUCACUUUUUUGAUGACAGAAGAACCACACGUAACUUGCAAGCCAUGCGACGAGAUGCUCUCGUCGCAUAUGAACACAGGAAGGAGCAUCAUCAUGUCUGAUUCUGAUUCAGAGCGGUUACACAGGGCUGAUACAUCUAUCCGUCUGAAGAAAGGCGGGAGUGAAUCGUGAUUAUGGAAGGUAUCUGGUAACUCGACAUGAUUUUAUGCAUGAGUGCACAACCGCGUUUGCUUG